AUGUCGGCACAGUGUCAUUCUGCAGCUGAUUUGAAGGAGAAUGGUAACAAAUUUUUCAUGUGUCACAUGUACGAAGAUGCAGUCAGUUGUUAUAACAAAGCUAUCAUCAAGAAUCCUCAGGUCGCGACUUGUUUUACGAAUCGAGCUUUGUGUUAUUUGUUCAUGCGAAAGUACGAUAAGGCCGUGGACGAUUGCCGCAAAGCACUGGAGCUUGACCGGAAGUCCGUAAAGGCGAAUUUCUUCCUCGGCAAAGCACUGGUGCAACUUGGACAGUAUGACGAGGCGAUCAAGGUGCUGCACCGGGCGCACGAGUUCGCCAAGAACCAGAAGUUACAGUUCGGCGACGAGGUGACGUCGGUGAUACGGCUAGCGCGUCGCGAACAGUUCCGCGCUGAGGAAGAGCGUCGAAUAGUGCAGGAGAUCGAGCUGCAGAGCUACCUGAAGGACCUGAUCCGAAAGGACAGGGACGAUCGCAUUAAGACGCUGAAGGACGGCGAUGAGCCGUACACCAAAGACGAGGUGGUACUCGUCGAAGAGGGAGCGCAGAAUCGUCUGGACCAAGUCGAUCUCCUGUUUGCUGCUGUGGACGAUCGUCGUCGCAAGCGCGAGGUGCCCGACUGCUUCUGCGGCAAGAUCAGCUUCGAUAUCAUGCUCGACCCGGUGAUCACACCAAGUGGUAUCACGUACGACCGAAAGGACAUCAUGGAACAUUUGCAGCGAGUUGGUCACUUUGACCCGGUUACCAGAGCACCCCUACAAAGCGACCAGCUGAUUCCAAACCUGGCCCUCAAGGAAGCGAUCGACCACUUUUUGAAGGACAACGAAUGGGCCAUCGACUACUGA